AUGAAUUGUAAGGUUGGCUUCAUGAGCUUUGUGAUGAUUUGUUCAAUAAUCAUCCUGUUUCUCAUGGUUGUAGGGAAAGUUGAAGCUCAAGCACAAUGCAUUGGAUUAUGUGAUAUGCUUGCUGAUUGUGCGACUGCUUGCAUCAAGAUGGGAUACCAAACUGGCCAAUGCGUUGGCUGGAAUAAUCCCAAUAACUGUUGUUGCAACCAUUAA